GUCUUCCUGAAAUGACAGUGAAUGUGCUCUUCUUAGUUGCACUUCUAGUCUGUCUGCUUUUACUGCUUGUGAGCAAAUACCUUGGCUGGUUGUGCAGGGUGACAGAAGAAGUGUUUAUGGUCUCCUCAGACCCUAGUGUGAGAGUCCACUGAAAGAGACUUUGUCGAGCUUGUUGCUCUCAGCAGACUGUUAGUAACAAAGCAGGUGUUUGAAGGGUUAACAUGGCUGAUUAAAGAGGAGAUCCUUUAAAUCCCGCACUAGAUGGCUGUAACCCUGUUUGGUGAGGUGCUUGUGGCAGAAUUUAAUCUCUUUAUGAGGCCUCUUAAUGUUUUGUUCUUUCAUUAAGCCCAUCUGUUACACAUGUCUUUUGAUUUGAACUGUGAUGGUGAUACUGAAACUAUUUUUGAAGGUUUUGUGGCGGCUUUGUUGGCGAAUAUCAAAUGCACCUUGCUCUGAGACAAGAUCACAGAUUGUGAAUGAUCUAAUGACAGUUGUAGGGAAACUUCUUAGUCAUUAUUAAUUGAAUGUAUUUAUUUCAUUCAUAUUAGGCGUAGUUAUUUAUUCAUGCACUAGCAUCAGAAAUGAGGCUAUUUUAAAUAUGUUUUUUAGGCGGUCUUUUUCCCCCACCUUUUUUAAAUAGCAGUACAGGUUUGACUUGUAGGCCUGUUACAUUCCCAUCCCUUUUUCUGUUGUUUUUGAGUGCGUCCCUGAGAGCAUUCCCGUUAGACCCAGGCUGUGUGCUCGGCAAGGAGAUACUUGCUCUCUCCUACAGCAGCAGGCUUGCAGCCUCUGUAGCAGCAGCAGUCGUGCAGCAGCAGCAGCAGCAGCAGCAGCAGCAGUAUGGCUUCAAAAUGGACGCCCUGAGAUUGCUCAAAGCCGGAGGAGGCAAAAAGGGAAGCGGAAUCUGAUAUGCGCCGUGUCAACCAUGCAUCGUGUGCUUUUUUGAAAACACACAGGCUUGGUUGUGAGUGUGACGACGACAACGGCGAUGACAACAGGGAUUGAAAGGGAGGACUAGGUGAGGAACCAUGCUGUAGUGGUGGAGGAGAGAAGAGAGAGGAGAAGGCAAGAAGCCCUCCCUGCAUUGCAGCAGAGGAUCUGAGCCGGGAGAGGGGAAAAGAGGGAGCCAGUGUGGCACACUGCGUCUGCCGCCCAAUCACAUGCCUCCGUGUGGUACUCAAACCAAUCGGUAGCCCACAGCUGAGGUUAAAGAUUGACAAUCGCACUGAGAGCAGCAGCAGGGAGAGCAGGGCCCUUCUGGAAAUUUCUGCACCCAUCUUUGUCUCAUCCCCUACCAGCCUCAUAAUUUGAAAAGAAAAGAAAAAAAAACUGUUUUUUUUAAAAGCCCUGGCUGAAGAACCUGUAUUUUGUAUCCUUAAAGAGAAAGCUUGGCAGAGGAGGAGGUGAAAGUGGAGGCGGAUGCUGUUGAGGGGAUGGAGAUUUCAACACGAUCCAAAGUUGCAGGUGUUGAGUCCGGGACAGUGGAUCGGACUGCCCAGAAGCGCAAGGUGCCCAGCCCCCCUCACUCAUCCAAUGGACACUCUCCAUCAGAGACCUCCCCCAGCCCAAUGAAAAAGAAGAAGAAGCCUGGGGCGAUACACAGCAGCAAAGACCAGUCUGAGCUAAGACAUGGUCCCUUUUACUAUGUGAAGCAGCCAGCACUCACAACAGACCCUGUUGAUGUUGUACCGCAGGACGGCCGCAACGACUUCUACUGCUGGGUGUGCCACCGCGAGGGCCAGGUGCUCUGCUGUGAGCUGUGCCCGCGCGUGUACCACGCUAAGUGCCUGAAACUGGCAGCAGAGCCCGAGGGCGACUGGUUCUGCCCCGAGUGUGAGAAAAUCACAGUAGCAGAAUGCAUAGAGACCCAGAGUAAGGCCAUGACCAUGCUAACGUUAGACCAGCUGUCUUACCUGCUUAAGUUCGCUUUGCAGAAGAUGAAGCAGCCAGGCGACCAGCCUCGCUCCUCAGCUCACUCCCCACACGCUACUGCUUCGCAGAGAAAGGCUUAUAAUUGGACGGAGCCCUUUCAGAAGCCUGUGUCUUUGGAGCAGCACCCAGACUAUGCUGAGUACAUCUUCCACGCCAUGGACCUCUGCACACUGGAGAAGAACAUCAAAAAGAAAAUGUACGGGUGCACUGAGGCCUUCUUAGCAGAUGUCAAGUGGAUUUUGCACAACUGCAUAAUUUACAAUGGAGGCAAUCACAAACUCACAGCUACUGCUAAGGUCAUCGUACGAAUUUGUGAACAUGAGAUGAAUGAGAUUGAAGUAUGUCCAGAGUGCUACUUGUCAGCAUGCCAGAAGAGAGACAACUGGUUUUGUGAGCCAUGUAGUAACCCCCAUCCUCUGGUUUGGGCCAAACUGAAGGGCUUUCCUUUCUGGCCAGCCAAAGCUCUGCGAGACAAAGAUGGACAGGUGGACGCUCGGUUCUUUGGUCAACAUGACAGGGCCUGGGUACCUAUCAACAACUGCUACCUCAUGUCCAAGGAGAUCCCCUUCUCUGUGAAAAAGACCAAGAGCAUCUUCAACAGCGCCAUGCAAGAGAUGGAGGUCUACGUGGAGAACAUCCGCAAGAAGUUUGGUGUCUUCAACUACGCCCCCUUUCGCACCCCUUACACGCCCGACAACCAGUUCCAGAUGCUCCUCGACCCCUCCAACCCGGCGGCGGGCUCAGUCAUGCCCGAGAAGCAGGAGAAGAUCAAGUUCAACUUCGACAUGACUGCCUCUCCCAAGAUGCUCAUGGGUAAGAGCAUGCUCUCCAGUAGCGGGGGGAGCGGCGUCGGGGGAGUGGGCAGGGCCACGGGGAGGCGGAUCUCUGUGACGGAUGUGCCUCGCUCCCCGAUGAGCACGAACUCCUCAGCCCACACGGGUUCUGAUGGGGAGCAGGAGGGUGCAGAGAAGGUCCAGGCCAGAGCCCCUCCUGGACACUACAGCACCGGAGAAGAGUCUCAAGACUGCACAGCCUCACCUGCACCAGCUAAGUCAGGUGCUACAGGCAUGGCCAUGGACAGCCCAAAACCACUCCAUUCCCAAGCUCCCGCCACAGCGGUCAAGCAGGAGAAGGUCCCUCCCACGGCCAGCAUCCUCAACCUCAACCUCGACCGCAGUAAGGCCGAGAUGGAUCUGAGGGAGCUGAGCGAGAGUGUGCAGCAGCAGCAGCAGCAGCAGGGGGCGCCACCUCUACUCACCUCCCCCAAGAGGCAGAUCAGGAGCCGCUUCCAGCUCAACCUGGACAAGACCAUUGAGAACUGCAAGGCCCAGCUGGGCAUCAAUGAGAUCUCUGAGGAUGUGUACAAGGGUGUGGAUGACUCGGAGGAGUCAGACAAGUCGGACUCGAGCGACAGUGAGUACGCCAGUGACGAUGAGCAGAAGACCAGCAAGGAGGGCCAAGAUCCCGGCGCCAACGUCAACAAGCCAGAGAAGGAUACAUCCAAGAAGAAGCCGAAAGCUUCGUCAUCGUCAGCCUCUGAGCCUGCUGAGGAGAAGGAGAAGCCCGGUUCAGAGGGCGCAGGGGCGGGGGCAGCCACAGUGCCCAAAUCUGAGCCUGCGCCCAAAACCAGUCCUGACGACUCCUCGCCCAAAGACAGGCAGGGGCCAGACGCCGAUAAAGACCCGCCUGAGAGGCCCAAAGCAGCACCGGUGUCCCCGUUGGCAAGGGACAAGCCUAAACCCUCAGAGGAGGCUCGGCCACCCCCUGCGCUGGAUACAGACAUGGACUCGGACUCGGAGAGGGAGCUGGUCAUCGAUCUGGGAGACGAGCAGGGAGGAAGAGAGAGGAAGAGGAGCAGGAGAGACUCGGCCGCUCCCCCCGUAGUCAAAGAGACCAGCACCGCCGCCAAGUCAGAUGGUAAAGUCCCCAUCAUAACUAGUGUGGUCACACCGUCUCAACAGAACACCCCUGUCUGCUCCUCUCCGGGUCCUAAAGAUCUUGCCCAACCAUCCGCACCCACUCCUCCCAGCAUCCUCUCUUUCCCUGCUGCCCCUCUUUCCUCCUCUACCCCUCUCCCUGGCCCUGCCUCGUCUGCAGCCUCCGCGUCCUCAGCUGCAUCGGUCGCCGCGGUGAAGAAGCAGCGGCCACUGCUGCCGCGGGAGACGGUCCCCGUGGUGCAGCGCGCCGUGGUGUGGAACCCCACUGCCAAGUUCCAGACGUCGUCGCAGAAGUGGCACAUGCAGAAGGUGCAGCGGCAGCAGCAGAGUGGGCAGCCACCACAGGUGGCCGGGCAGACGACGACCCUGACGCAGACGCAGACGCCGACGCAAACGCCGACGCAAACGCCUCCACAGGUGCAGGUGCAGGUGCAGACACAGCCCCAGCGCAGCCAGCAGCAGCAACAGGUCUUAUCCACAUCUGCAGCACAGCAGCCAUCUUCAAGCACGCGUUAUCAGACACGACAGGCUGUUAAAGCAGUCCAACAGAAGGACUCCCCCCAUAGCGUUUCCACGUCCUCUGUUACCCUGGUGACCACCUCCCCAGUUUCUGUGGCCAUAGCGGCAGCAGUGCCCAGCGCCUCCAUGAGCAGCUCUUCCUCAUCCUCAUCUCCUGCUGUCAUGGCAACCGACCUGCACAUCCCCACAGCCUCAGCCGAUGUGGCGGCCGACAUCGCCAAAUACACCAACAAGAUAAUGGAUGCCAUCAAGGGGACCAUGUCUGAGAUUUACAAUGACUUGUCCAAGAGCACCUCGGGCAACACAAUAGCAGAGAUCCGGCGGCUGAGGAUUGAGAUUGAGAAGCUGCAGUGGCUGCAUCAACAGGAGCUCUCAGAGAUGAAGCACAACCUGGAGCUGACCAUGGCGGAGAUGCGUCAGAGCCUGGAGCAGGAGCGCGAGCGUCUGGUGGCGGAGGUGAAGAAGCAGAUGGAGGUGGAGAAGCAGCAGGCCCAGGACGAGACCAAGAAGAAGCAGUGGUGCGCCAACUGCAGGAAGGAGGCCAUCUUCUACUGCUGCUGGAACACCAGCUACUGCGACUACCCCUGCCAGCAGGCCCACUGGCCCGAGCACAUGAAGUCCUGCACACAGUCAGCCACCGCAUCCCAGCAGGAGCCCGAGACAGAGCAGUGCACGGACACCCCAGCAAAGGCGUGUGGGCAGCCGGGCAGCACACACAACUCCCCUAAAGAGGGGCCGUCGAUGGCGGCCACGCAGCCAGACUCGGACCCGGAGAAGAGCAAAGACAGCGUGACGGUCAGCCUGGCGUAGCCCACCCCCCCCCCCCCCCGACCAACAGCACUUAAUCCUGUACUGUAAGAAAAGAAGAAAAAAAACUACAGUCUACUUGUUCACUACAAAAAAAAACAUUUUGAUUUGUUUUGUUUGUCUGUCUGUUUUUAACCAAAUGUUUGUGUUUUCAACCUGUUCUUCUGGAACCCAAAGGCUGCUUUUCUUUGACCUCAGUUACCCUGAAACGAAUCCUCCCAUCCUCUGACGAUCUAAAAUAGAACUUUGCUUAACCACAUUUUUUUUAUCUGGAUGGAAAUAUCUUCACUGUGAAUAUUGCCACAAAGAGAACAUUUCUGUUCUUUGUUUUAGUCCUUCUGUACAAUCUGUGUUUAUCAGCCUUUUUGUGGUGGAAAGAGUAGGAUCGUAUACCUGGGCAUGAACGAGAGUGCAUUAUUUUUAUACUGUAGUCAGCGUACUCUGAAAUGACUGUUGAACUUGUCUUUUCUUCUUUUCUCCUCUGCAUCACGCUUCUUUAAGUUAAUUUAUUAUCGGCGUUUACACCAGAAUGUUUGCCAAAUGAGACAAUGGAAUGGGAAUGCCUAGAGCAUACAGUUUAGGUGGCGUCUUGGGGAAAGAAAAAAAAAACAGAGAUUUGGUCCCUCUGAAAACAAGGCCUCAUAUCAUUCCUUUAUUUCUAUUUGACCUGCUUCUCGCCUUUCAUUAGAAGUCGCCAUUUCAUGGUUGCGAGAUUUGGAGUCAAUUAACCUUGAAUCCAUUUUUUUUAUUUUUUUUAACAUUGGGGUCAAUAAACAAAAUAGUUUGAGAGAAAUAUUUCACAAAUUCUUCAACAAAAGAAUGAAAAUUCAUAUGCUUUCUGUCGCAGCACCCAAACUGCACCUGCUUGAGGCCCUUUGCCAUUCCUCCUCACUAUCUGACCCUGUAUUUGCACACUGAAGAGGCGGGGACCCAUAAUCAAGAAUGUCACACAUGGACCACUGUAGGCCGACGUUUGUGUCUACCAAUACCUUGAAGAGUCCCGAUUCCAUGAAUGCUACACAAAAUGCGCAAUGCGACUCAGAACACAAUGUGACAAACUCAGAGCUAACUCUGUGGGGGUUAGAUUGGAGACCAGGGCUUAGGGUCUUAGUCAUAACGAUAGCGCAAUCAAAAGCUUGCUUAUACUGCCUGACCUUUCACAGCUCCUCCUGACAUCCUGCUUGAAUGCUUCACCACCAGAGACCAACGGGUAGGCACCUGUCAUAUAUGACCCAGGAGACUUCCACUACCUGGUUCAGUGGACUGUUAAUACUUCUUUUAGUUAAUGCUAUUGUUCAUCCACAAGCCACAGAGUUCUAUUGUUGACUGUAUGUGUAUAUUUUCCUGUGAGGGAUUCUCACGGCUGUUUACAUACUGUAAAUAAAAACGGUUUUGGUGGUCUGAAGUGCGUCUUGUGGCCCAUCACUGGAGUGAAUUGCAAGCAUCUGUAAUAAAGCAUCAAAAUAA